AUGACGCCGUUGGCCUGCGCGAUUUCACUCGUGUAUCUCGAUGUAGCCCGAGUGCUGCUAGAUUACGGUGCAGAUAUUGAAACCAGGAAUGACAAUGAUAUGACACCACUCCAUUCUGCGGCGUUGAUGAGAGAUCUGUCAGCAGUUAGGAUGCUACUAGAACGAGGUGCAGAUGUCGAAUCUAAAGACGACAUGGGCAGGACGCCGCUUCAUACCACUAUUAGUAAUAUUAAUCUCGUCCUGUCCCUGUUGGCAAACGGGGCUGACAUACAUGCGCGGGAUAACCUUGGCCAGACCCCAUUGCACUCGGCGGCUAUGUAUGGCCACAAGUCAGCUGUGGAGGCUUUGGUGAACCGUGGGGCCGAUCUUACUUCCAUGGAUAUUAACGGGGACACGCCUUGGGCGGCAGCGAUUGCGCAUGGCAGGCACCCUGCCAUAAUACGCCUGUUGGGACACAGGGCACGAAGGAAUGCGAGGGUGCGGGUAUAUUGA